UUUAAACCCCACGACAACCACCUCGCUUGCCAUUCUGGACUGCGGGUGAGAUCGAUGGUGACGGACGGGGAGUGCUCGGCGGCGGCGGUGAGGAAGGGUGGGUCGCCGGCGGUGCGGAGCCACAGCGAGGCGGAGCGGAAGCGGCGGCAGCGCAUCAACGCCCACCUCGCCACGCUCCGCACCCUCGUCCCCUCCGCCUCCCGGAUGGACAAGGCGGCGCUGCUGGGGGAGGUGGUGCGGCACGUGCGGGAGCUGCGGUGCAGGGCGGACGACGCCACGGAGGGCGCCGACGUCGUCGUCCCCGGGGAAGGCGACGAGGUCGGCGUCGAGGACGAGGACGACGACGAGGGCGAGCGCGACGAGGGGUGUUAUGUCGUCGGCGGCGGCGACAGGCGGUGGCGGCGGCGCGUCAGGGCGUGGGUGUGCUGCGCCGACAGGCCGGGGCUCAUGUCCGACCUGGGCCGCGCCGUGCGCUCCGUCAGCGCGCGCCCCGUGCGCGCCGAGGUCGCCACCGUCGGCGGGAGGACGCGCAGCGUCCUGGAGCUCGACGUCGUCGUCGCCUCCGACGCCGCCGACAACGACAGGGCCGUCGCGCUCUCCGCCCUCCGCGCCGCCCUCCGCACCGUGCUUCUCAACCGCGAGGAGCUCCUCGCCGCCGCCGCCGCCGCCGCCACCGACGGCUACAAGCGGCCACGCUUCUCGCCGAGGUGUAGCAGCCUAACCUAAGCUUCGCUACUACUCGCCGUACGUACGUACGCGGCAAAACGAAUCUAAGCUAAGCUAGGGGAACAAUGCGAUGCUGAUACACUACUACCGGUUUCGUGUCACAACUAGCUUGGUGUUUUUUUGUUUGUUUGUAUUCCCUCCAUCUCAAUAUAUAAGAGAUUUCGAAGUAAUACGAUAUAUCCUCUGUUUCAUAUUAUAAGAUUUUCUAGCAUUAUCCACGUUCUCAUAUAUAUAUAUAUAUAUAUAUAUAUAUAUAUAUAUAUGAAUGAAUGAAUGUGGUUAAUAUGUUAGAAAGUCUUAUAACCUGAAACGGAGGGAGCAGUAUUAUAAAUCUGGACAAAUUUUCUUUCUAGAUUCGUAAUACUAAUAUGUAUCAUAUUCUUCUAAAAUCUCUUAUAUUAUGUAACGGAGGGGUACUGCGUGUCAUUUUUCCUUGCUGCUUGCCUGCAUGGUACUAGUAGGCUGGUAAUUGUACUUGGCAACCAGUAUCGUCACGUAGACUUUGUCAGGUAUACUGUUGCACGGUUGCAGUGUUGCGAAGUUGCAACAGUGGAGAUGUGUGGCACUGGUGCACUUUUUGUCCACCAGUACUUCAGUAGUUUCAGUAUUGGCUCUACUGCAGAUCACAUGAAUCCCUUCGUGUUUUGCCGGCAGUAGGGGCCAGUGUGCUGUACUUCUACAAGUCUACAACACGACAGGGCUUGCUCCUGCUGCUCCGGAGUUAAUACAUGCAGGAAAUGAAAUAGUAGAAGCAAAGGUCUAAAUGCAGGGCUUAGUUCACAUUCAUUUCAAACCAUGUCAUUUUCUAGUAAAAUUAUCGAAUAUGUUCAUCCAUUUAGUUU